AUGGCGCAGGGGGAUUCUCUGUACGAGUCUCGCCCUACGGAUGCGACUGGGUACAACUGCAACCAGCGUGUAUGGCUCUUUCUCUGCCAGACUGCCACCUUCAUCUGGAAAGAGUACCUUGAUCGCGUGCGGCAUCCUCGCAGAGCUGUAGCAGAGCUCUUGGCACCUGCACUGGUGGUGGCUAUGCUGCUGUACGCUGUGAACUUGAGCCCGGUUGUUUGGGUCGAGCCUUUUCAAUACACCAGUCUUCCGACAGCAACAUUUUCUGCGGGCAUUCCGAAUGAAAGCGCCAUUGCGCCUACGUGGAGGAGUAACUUUGAGUCGGUGGGAAAGUGGCGCGAUGUCUUUGAGGAGCUGAACAUGACCUCGUUUUUCUUCGAUUAUGCCCUCUCAGUGGCAAGUAUGCGCAACGUUACAUCCUUUCAUACUUCCACUAGCCGUUCCAACGACGCGUGGUCAGAUUCGUGGUCAGAGGAUGAUGUGGUGCGCACGCUCCUGACCAACCGUUACGCUGCCGCGCCCUUCAAGGUGCCUACGCUGGAUGGGUACGCCGCGAUGCUUGCGGCUGCGCAGGUGGCGAUUGGGGAACGGGGGAUGAAGCGCGCGAUGCGCAGCGAUGCACUCAUCCGCUUCAUUCUCCGCUUUGGGAAGUUGGCGUUCGCCGUGGGUGGGGGCGGCGGUGACGAUCUUGCCCGCGCCGCGGAGAAGAUUGUCGAGUACCUUAAUGCGACGACCAAGUCGUUCAAUUCCAUGGUGCUAUGCAAGUCAAGCAUUCUCGCAAGAAAUGAGGACGGUUGCGUCUUUGAUAGUGUGGAAAAGGCGUCACCACUUUUGGCAGACUACAUGCAACAACAACAGCUGCAGGGGCAACGGGAAGAGUUGGUGUGGGCAAUUGUGCGUGUGGAUCGCGUUACUCUGCAGCCGCCCGACUUCCGCUACGUCAUUCUUGUCAAUCAGGCGAUGCUACCCACAUGGACAACGAUUGAAACGUUCCCACAAGGCCUGGGCAAGGAGUACGCUAUGUACGUUUACAACGGCUUCUUGACACUACAGUAUGAGUUGAACGCUUAUUUUAUCUCUCUAGCGGGACUCCCACGACGGCGCAUGAAUCUUUCGCUGACGCCUCUCAUGGAUUUUGUCUGUGAUGCUGUGGAAACGCCACACAACGCGACGAGAGGAUUGUUUGAAGAGCCGGAGAGUUCAGAGCAGCGUGACAUUGUCGAGAAUGCAACCACGCAGGAUCCAAUCGUAACCACCACGGCAGAGCCGUUUACAGCAGUGAGCGCAAUCUAUGCCCCAUGCUUGUAUGAGGUGGGGGCGUACUGUGGCGCCUCCAACGACACAAAGUCCAUCUUAGAAUGCUUGACAAGGGCGGAGAAUGAGACGGUUGUGUCUGGCAUGUGUCAAUAUGCAUUGGAGUUUAUCCAGGAAUGUGUUCCCAACGAUAAUGAGUGCGGAUCCAACAAUGCGUAUGAACUCCUCACCCAGGUGCCCUCGGCGCUCCCGGACUGUGCAGAAUCUCGCACCGCCUCCUGCGGCGCGAAGGAAUUUCUACGCCAAGUUGAAAAAACCAAGACGAUGAUGGGGUGCACUGUUGAUUUGCCUAAGCAAUUUCGCUCGAGCAAUAUGCCUAGGGAUGCGUUUUAUACAAACUUCAAUCUCCCGAGAGAAAAAGAGACUGCAGCAGGGGACGUUUCUGACGAUUGUCGUACACUAUCAGAUACCGUGAGGCACUGUUCAGAUGAGUUCCUCUCUAUUUGUCCCAUAAAGUGGAUUGGUGGGAAGGGAAUUAUCCCAUACGCGUGUCUUUACGUCAAUCAACGGUUUCUCAGUACAAGUUGUAAAACCACAAGUUUCGUUAAGAAUGUAUUGCCGUUUUUGUACAGUAACAAGGCUUUGCGAGAAACUGUCCCAGCAGCCACUUAUUACUGCCGUGAGGUACAUGAUAUUCACAAAACGUUGGUGGAUAGCAUUGUCAUGCAGGCGUUUCCUACAGAUGGGUACACCCAACGGAUGUUCUUUUUAACAGGCAGCCCAUUUGUGGGUUUGAUGGUCUCCAUUGCGUAUUACUUUCCAUUUGCAGUGGCUGUACAUUCCUUUGCGAAGGAGCGUGAUGCGUGGCAGCACAGAUACCUCAUUCUUAUCGGGGCCAAUCCGAUAGCAAUGCUACUGAGUAAGUUUUUGGUGUCCUUUAUCACCUCUACUAUUACAUCUCUGAUGGUGACGUUCGUAAUGAUGUUUUGCGUCGACAUACCGAGUUCGGCAGUCUACAGUUUGCUCUACAUGUACUACCUCAGCCUUAGUGCCUUGGCUGCAGUGGUCGGGAUUCUGGUCCCUUGGGAACGAGUGGCCAUAAUUGUGACGCCGUUUGUUCUCUUCCUGUUCGUAACUCCCGCUCUUGUUGGAGAACAACUGACUCAGCUCAGUGGUGUAUCGACGCUCCUUCCCCCUACUGUACUUGCCAAGGCCAUCAACGAGUACACCAGGGCGGCUCAGGCUGGCUAUUUAGAGGUUAUGUGGCCACACUCCUCCCAGAAGGCCUUGUGGAUACUUUUUGGUCUCUUUCUCCUUUAUGGGUUGAUUGCUAUUGUGUUGGAAUACCUCUUUCUCCCCAACUCGGCACUUGAGCGAGUAUUUCGGCGCUUCACAACAUCGUUGGUGACAUCGGUAGACCGAUUACUUCGAAGUGGAAAUCGCCAGAUGACGAAAUUUUACGAGGGGGAGGAAAUGACUACCAACCACACAGUAGCGCCUCCAAGACAGGAGGGAGACAUACAGUUAAAUCAAGAGGCCUCAAAUCUGGAGUUUAACAUUGGCGGUGUUAGUAGUAAAGACACUGAAGCAACACGACGGCAACACACUGGUGAAACAGGUUUCUUAUUGGGAGGGAUUCUUCGUGAGGACCUCCCGUCCGUGCCUGGUGAAAUUCCACCUUCACUUAUGUCUUCAACCGCCCAAGGAUACCAAUCGCGGUCCUACAACGAAGGUGUUCUGCCGGUGCCAAGCAAUUGGCAUCCAGGCAUAACAGUUCGUGACCUGUCCUACACUGCAUUGGGUCAGUGUCAGAGUCUGCAGGUGCCUUCGGCCGAUUUCUACCAAAACAGGCUUAACUGUGUUGUUGGUGGAGACGCCUCGGGGUGGAGCCUUCUGUUGAAUGUGCUGAUGGGUUGGUCCGAACCCCCUCAAGGCGAUGUGCGAGUGGACGGGAGAAGUAUCCGCAUGGAUGGCCGCGGGGAAAUUGGUGUCUGUCUUGAGCGAAAUGUGUUUUGGGACAAAAUGACUGUAAGAGAGAAUAUUCGCCUCAUUCAACUACUCAAGGGACGUCUUUCCAGUCUAACCGAAUUAAAGGACGAAGAGAACGUGCUUCUCACUGCCCUUCAGCUGGAAUCAGUGCGUCAUGAACGGCCUGGGCGCUUGUCAGCUGGGGUGGCGCGCAAGCUUGCAAUCGCCAUGGCCUUGGCCGGUGGAUCGCGCACACUCUUCUUUAAUGAACCCACCGCCCAUACCGACCUUUCCUCACGCUCUGAGAUAUGGCAUCUACUCUCCCAGAACACAAGGGGACGUUGCAUUGUUGUUUCGACCAGUGAUGUGGACGAAGUGGAUGCCUUUGCGGACCACGUGACCGUUCUCUUUGGUGGUAGGGUGAGUAUUGCUGGUACACCUGAGUAUAUCAGGUGGAAACUGAGUGGUGGAUGGGUGGUGACUGUGUGCUGCGCUGUGAACACACACGCGACGACUGUAUUGGAUCUCGUAAUGUCUGCAGUCCCAGAUGCAAUACUGGUAAACAACGUGGGGCAUGAAAUCUCCUUUCGGUUGACAGAAAAUGUGGAGGAGUCUGCUUUGCCAACGCUUCUCCGAGAGCUCCAACGAGCGAAGGACUCGGCGCUUGUUACAAACAUCAGCGUGUCGGAUUCUCGCUUCAGCGAGGGUUAUGUUCGUCUUACACGUGAGUUGGGUCGUCACCAGCCAGUGAGGACUGACGAAGAGGAAACUACGAGAAAUGUGGCCGGUGACAACUACGUCAUGAUGCCACCACCACCAUCACCGUCCACGCACAACAACUUGGAUGAGCAGGAGGAUGGUGGUGUUCCUUUGGAUAUAAGCGAGGAGCGUGAAUCACGUCAGUGGUUGAUGUUUCUCGGCACGUGCAGGGCAGUGUUGAACCACCGCUUGUUUGAAGCCCUGCUUACUCCUUUUCACUGUAUGUUGGUUACACUUCUGCCACUUGUGAUGAUUUUAUACGCGACAGCAACCUUGGGGAGAGAUUUUGGCACGGCAAAGUUCAGUGAAACCUCUGUGUUCGGGUGGCAGCUGUCCUCCAUCCCGAGCAGCACCUAUUACAGUGACUUUGGCGGGGCGGCGUCGCCCUACCGAUUUCUUUCGGAGCAGCUUCAAGGGAAACAUAUGUCUGGGACAGUUUCCUCUUUCUCCACGGUUGAUAAAGAGGAAGUGGCCUCGAUGCAGAGUAACAGUGCGGGCUUGGAUAGCUUCUUGAGGAAUACCUCCGUACCCAAGGAUAAGUUUCUCUUUGGUGCCUUUGCGAUGCAAGGGGCGGUGGUGAAGGCACCAAAGGACAUUGUGCCCCCUGCAGUAUUCCCAUGGCAAACCGAUGUGGUGCUCUGUAACACCUCGUUCCCACUGAGUGUACCCGCGUAUUUGCAAAUGUUGGGGAUGAUGCGACUUUGGAUGGCACGCAAUGAUACGGAGGGGGCCAUUAGCGCCUUCAUUGGUACGUUAAAGGAAGCAGGCGACACAUCGGAAGGGGGUCUUGCGCCGCCGACGACAUCUGCUGAGGUAAUGAGUACGCUGUUGCUCUUACUGCCAUUUGCGUUUUAUGGUACUCGAAUGGUGGCAGACCUCGUUCAACAACGGCGUAGUGGGCUUUUGCAAGUUUUUUACAGUUCCUCACUUCGGCCGUUAGCAUUCUGGUUAGCUAAUUUCACGUACGACUUCCUUAGUUUUUUUACUCUGGCUUUCGUUGGUGUGGUUAUAUUCAGUUUCAGCAGCAUAUCGCGUGAUGUCACUGUGGGUGAUUUCUUUGCGCUGUUGGGUAUCUUGAUUAUUUUCGGUUGUGGCACCAUAUCGCUCUCUUACCUUAUCAGCAAAUGCUUUGACGACCACACCGCUGCCCAAGCAGUUGCAACGGCUGUUGGCAUUUGUACGGGAUUCGCCUUCCAGAUAGUUUCGUCAGCAGUACGCUUCCUCCCUGACAACCCGAUGGCAGUGCAGGCUAGAGAGAAAAAUGAAGUUAAUUCAAUAUGGAUGCGGUUUUUCCCUCUCUUCAACCUGGGCGAGGCCUUCAUGACGUACUCCAUGGCCUCCAUUCCGUUUUCUGGCAUCGAUGUGGCGGUUUAUCUGCAGCCGUUAGCUCUCCUACCCCUUCUCUUUGUCACACUGGUGGCGUACGAAACCGUGGCGGAAGUGAAUGCACGUACUCUCAUACGAGAUAAGGUUUGGCGCUUCUUUGAAAAGCUGAAUGUGAAGAUUGUCGUGCGGCUGCACCGGCUGUGUGGCAAUUACGCGCCAAUAGAGGACGGUGAUUUGUUGUAUCGCUGGGAGGACCCCUCCUGUCUUCUUACGAAUGAAGAUGCAUCUGUGGGGGAAGAACGAAAUAAAGAAUAUACUGCGGAUGGAUUGCGGGUUGAGGCGUUGUGGAAACGCCAACAUAACGUUUACGCCUUGCAGAAUGUGACGAUGAAUGUGGAGGGUGAAACUCUCAUUGUGGUUGGCGUCAAUGGCAGUGGCAAGACUACUCUUUUGCGGUGUGUCGCGGGAGAGAUUCUCCCCUCACACGGUAGUGUCUUUGUGAAUGGUGUGUCCUCCACAAGGCGGAAUAUGUCCAAGCUGAAGGCGCAAAGCUUUGUAGGGUACGCUUCAGAAACCUUGGUCCUGCAGCACAGCACCAUAACACCGUACCUCUUCCUUAAUAUCAUGGCGGACCUCCGCUUGCUACGUCGCGGUACGGGUCGAAAGCAUCACCUUCGCUUUCUGAUGCGUACACUGGGUAUUGAACCUUACAUGCAUGUGGGGAUGUGGGUGCUUUCGUCUUCUUUGCACCGACGCGUAACUCUCGCAGCGGCUCUUGUUGGCUAUCCAUCUGUAUUGAUCCUCGACGAUGUGACCAGUUCGCUCGAUCCAGUGGCAAGGCGUCAGGUGUGGGCUGCACUCCGUUCUGUGCCACAAGGCACCAGUACCGUGCUGUCGACACGACACCCUGACGAUGUGGAGAUGGUCGGUGACCGCGUGCUGCUGCUUGACGAGGGUAAUAUGCGGUACAUUGGCACUCCGGUGGCGUGGAGAGGCAAAUAUAGAAAAGGACUCUCUGUUUCUAUUGAUGUUUCUCGCCCACACGAGGUUUGGAUAAGUGGCCGACCUUACAACGCUGCGGAGCAGGAGGCGUUGUGCAACUUCUUCGCUGCCCAUUGGCGUGGUAGUACGCUCAUCGAGUCCCGGCCUUUUCACUAUGUCUUCCAUAUCCCUCUCGGGGCAAAUCAGGAUGACAUGAAAGUGGGAUCAGAGGUGAUUUCUAUUUACACCGUUCUGGCGACACUUAUUAAGGGAAGGGAUGAAGGUUGGACAGUGUCUGACGCCGUUGAGGGAGAUGUGGGCGGCAGCAGGAGACAUUGCCGAUGCUCCAUCACUGUUUCCGAGACGACGAUUGAGCACACAGUCAGAGCUGCAUUGAGCCAAAGUAUUGCCUUCACGAGUGCUGUACCAAACUUGUUUGACCGCAAUGUUUACAUACCACCGAAGGAUUACCGUGUGGUUCUGUAA